UUAUCCUUACUCCGAGCCGGAGGCCCAGGCUGCGAGGAUGCCUUCCUUCGCAAGCAUCGCGCUUCUCACCUUCUUGAGCCUCGCGCACGCGACUAUAGAGCCUUAUGAUCUGCUCUUCGACAGCGCCGUGGAGGCGUACUACAGGGGGGACUGGAUGGCGGUCAUCCUGAACAUGGAGCGCGCGCUGCGGAACGAGGACACGGUCCGCCGCGUGAAGGCGCACUGUCGGCUCUCCUGCGCCAAUCAGACCGACUUCGGGGACCCCGUGCCCGGCCUGGGCGUCCCGAUCCCGGGCAGCGGCUCCGUGGAGGACCUCGCCUUUUUCCGCAGAGUCUUGAAACGGGCCGCCUGCGCGAGCUCGUGCGAGACGGAGAAGCUGGGACCCCAGUCUCUGCAUAGUGUGAGCGAGGAAGUGGAGCUCGAGUUCAAGAAGCGGAGCCCCUACAACUACCUACAGGUGGCCUACUUCAAGAUCAACAAGUUGGACAAAGCGGCGGCGGCUGCCCACACAUUCUACCUCGCCAAUCCGGACCACAUGGAGAUGAAGCAGAAUCUGGAGUACUAUAGGAUGAUGGCUGGAGUCCAGGAGACAGAUUUUAAAGAUCUGGAAGCCAAGCCUCACAUGGUGGCGUUCCUGCAGGGAAAGAAGCUGUACAGUGCUGACCAGUUCAGUUCUUCCGUUGAGCACUUUGAAACGGCAGUGGAGGAGUACUUCACCGCUGACCAGGAGUGUCGGGCGCUCUGUGAGGGGGGUUAUGAUUAUGAUGGAUACAACUACAUGGAUUAUAGCGCCGACUUGUUCCAGGCCAUUACAGACCACUACAUGCAGGUGUUGAACUGCAAACAGAACUGUGCCGUGGAGUUGGCCACCUUGCCUGGGAGUGACAACCCUCUGGAGGACUUCCUGCCUUCACACUUUAACUAUCUCCAGUUUUCCUACUACAACAGUGAGGAUUAUCAAAAGGCCAUCGAGUGCGCCAAAACCUACUUGCUGUUUCAUCCAGAGGACGAGGUGAUGAACCAGAACUUGGCCUACUACUCAUCUAUGCUGGGGGAAGAUAAGGCAGCUGCCAUCUCUGCCAGAGAGACUGUCCACAGGCACGUUCGUCAGUCUUUGCUGGAAAAGGAGUUGCUCUAUUUUGGUUAUGAAGUCUUCGGAAUUACUUUCGUUGACCCUGACUCAUGGACCCCUGCUGAAGUCAUGCCUCUGAAGCUGAGAGAAAAACAGAAGGCAGAGCGAGAAACGGCAGCUCGGAUCACUGAAGAAAUCGGCAACCUAAUGAAGGAGAUCGAGAAUCUUGUGGAGGAAAAGAACAAGGAGUCAACUGACAUUGCCAAGAUGGUGCGGGAAGGGGGGAGCGUGCUGUUUGAUGACAUAACCGUGACCAUGACCUCCAAGAACUUGAAUGGAUCUCUGAGGGUGGUGCUGGACGGCGUGAUCACGGACGAUGAGUGUCGGGAGCUGCACCGUCUGUCCAACGCUGCCGCUCUGACAGGCGAUGGCUACCGGGGGAAGCCCUCUCCCCAUUCGCCGAGUGAGACGUUCCAGGGAGUGACCGUCCUGAAAGCCCUGAAGAUGGGACAAGAGGGGAAGGUGUCCCUGAAGAGUGCGCACCUGUACUUUAACCUAAGUGAGAAGGUGCGCAAAGUGAUGGAGUCCUACUUCCGCCUUGAGACGCCCCUUUACUUCUCCUACACUCACCUGGUGUGUCGCUCCGCCAUCGAAGACAAGCAAGAAGGCCGUGUAGAUCUGAGCCACCCUGUGCAUGUGGACAACUGCCAGCUGGUGUCCGAGCUCAACGAGUGCAUCAAAGAGCCGCCCGCCUACACCUACAGGGACUACAGUGCAAUUCUCUACCUAAAUGAUGACUUUGAAGGUGGAGAUUUUAUCUUCACAGAGAUGGAUGCCAAGACAGUCACAGCCACGGUCAAGCCGCAGUGCGGUAGAGUCGUUGGGUUUGGUGCUGGGAAGGAGAAUCCACAUGGAGUGACUGCUGUAACCACGGGCCAGAGGUGUGCCGUCGCCCUGUGGUUUACAUUAGACCCCAGGCACAAUGAGAAGGAGCGAAUCCAGGCGGAGGACCUGUUAAAAAUGUUGUCGAGCCCAGUGGACGCUGAAUUCCAGGGAGACGCAGCAGACAGCAGCUCCGGGACAGAUGCAGCAUCUGAGAGUGUCGAGCGAGCGAAAAGCCCGGAGCAGACCGUCAGCAAGGUGGACCGACAGGCGCCUGAAGGAUCCGUGAAGGAACAGGACGAUCGCAAGCAGGAGCAAGAAGGGGACAAGGCAGAGCAGGAAAAGGCAGAGGAAAGAAAGGUGAAGGAGGGAGGUAAAAAAACGGACAAGAAAACGGACAAGAAGGCCGCAGGAAAGGCGGACAAGAGCGCUGCACAGAAGACGGGCAAGAAGACAGGCAAGAAGACGGACAAGAAGACGGACAAGAAGACGGACAAGAAGACGGAGAAGAAGAUGGACAAGCAGGCGGACAAACGGGAUAAAGCGCCAUCCAAAAAAGCUGGCAAGAAAAAGAGCAGCGCUGAUUCUGCGUCAGAGGCACGCGGGGGGGACACGGAGCAGUCAACACCGAACGCCACGGAGUCCACGUCUGGGUCACCCGCCGUCCACCCGCGGGACAAUAAAUCAGAUUCCCAAAACGGGAAGGAUGAGUUAUGAGUGUGUUUUUAAAAAUGUUUUUAUGACUUCAACAAUUCAGUGAGCGUGUGUGUCGAACAAAAGCGUGUGGGACUGUUACAGUGGAACUGGACUUGCCUGCAAAUGUCUCUGCAUGAGUGAUAUGAAGUGAUUUUACAGAAGCCAACACAUCAUGGGCUGCAAUUGAACCAUAUGGCAGUAAUCAACAUUCUUCGAACAUUAUAUUUCACGACACUAUUUAUACGGUUUCUGUUCCAUGGUGCUUUCUGGAAAUAACGUUUGCAAUUGGAGUCUUCUGUUUUUUUUUUUUUUUGUAUUUUCCUUUUGGAAAGUUGUUAACUAUAGGGGGUAAGUGUGUGAUACCGAUGAAUCUUGAACACCACAUUCCUCAAAAAAAAAAAAAAAGAAAUACCACAUUGAAGCAAUUCAUGCACAGGAGAUGUUCUCAAGAAAA